AUCUAUCAGGGCGUUUACGAUAUUCCUUGCUUGUGCUUCUUGAUCGGAAUAGAACAACCAAUCAGUUGGAGACAAAAUAACAUAUAAAAAUACAAACACUGUGCACUGGAUGAAACAGGAAUUGUGUGAUUAUUUCUUAUAACGUCUGCAAGGUUGUACCUUAACACAAACAUCAACACCCACACAAGUCUUCCCCAGUCCGCUAAAGAGUCUCAUCGCCAUGUGGCCCACGUCAAUCAUCUUGCUACUGGCAGCGCAAAGCAUUCUGGGCGAUGACAAGGACGAUUGGAUGAACGUGGGAGAUUGCGGAAAAGGCCUGAUCUGCGGUCCGCGAUGUCAGCAGCUUUGCCUCAUACAGCAUAACUACUAUCGCGCGCAGCACAAGCUUGCGCCUCUAAGGUGCGACCAUCAGUUAGCCGAGUCCGCGCAGGCCUGGACAGACGCACAGGCGCAGAAAGGUCGCCUUCUCAAGUCGCCAUGGAGAUCCCUGGGGAGGAUAGCGGAAAGCAUUGCCUGGAAGGAGUGGGCGUGGCAAGAGAUGACGCACACGAGGGCCGCUGUACCUAGCGCGGUGAGGAGUUGGUACUCGGAGCAGAAAGACCCGUCUUCGCCCAACACCCACUACCUCACGAUAGUACGUAAUGACGUCACUCGACUAGGGUGUGGCCUCCACGUGAGGCCCAAUGACGGGACAUACGUCACGGCGCAUUACGCAAUCAAUCCCAGUUUGCAGCAAGACAGUCCUGAGGGUCACGAUGCUUCAGCGCUACAGCCCGCCAGACCAGAGCCUGCGUGCCAGGUCAAAUCCGCUCAGCGACGCCCUUGUGGGGACGUGCGCAGUCCCUACGUCACACCAGACGAGUGUAUAAAGGCUAAUUGUUGCUAUGACGACAUGUUUCUCGAUGAGCCCGCAGUACCUUGGUACAGCGAUGCUGGUCGCGUAUGGUGCUACUCUAGCAAGCCGGGAGUGCCAAGGAAAAAUGAAAUAGAUGGAUCCUUUUUCCACACUGCUGUGAAAGAGCAAUUCAACGAUGUUCCUCCAGUAGCGGAGGAGGCAGAUGUUCAAAUCAAAACGUACAAAGGGGAACCUCUACAUGACGAGCUAACGAGCAAUGCUACAGAGAAGCUGUCAGAUAGUGCUAUAGAUAAGGUGUACGGAGGCCAGGACACGUCGUGGAUGAACGUAGGCAACUGCGGACAGGGACUAACCUGUGAUCCUGAAUGUCAGCUGCUCUGCCUCAAGUGGCAUAACUACUAUCGCGCCCUGCACGAUGCUCCACCCAUGUCAUGUGACCCCAAGCUCGCUAAGUCUGCUCAGGAAUGGACGGAUCAGCAAGCUAAAGAACUCAAGCCGUACCACUCCACUUUGACGGGCCUUACCGAGAGCAUCUCGUGGAGAGGAUGGGGGUGGACGGGACAAAAGGUCAUGAAAGGUGCCAUACCUGGCGCAGUGCAGGGAUGGUACUCAGAAAUCAAGGAUGACUACAAUUUCAAAACCGGCAAAGGAGCUCCAGGAAAAGCCAUUGGUCAUUUUCAGGCAGUGGUUUGGAAAGGCGAGACCAAGUUAGGGUGUGGUCUGACCUUCAAGCCUGGAGAUCCCAAAAAUGGAUAUUAUGGAACAUACGUCACGGCUCAUUACGCGCCGCCAUCAAACACCGGGGACAAAGAGAAACUAACACCUUCUAAUGUGUUACCGCGCCAUGACCCAGAGCCUGGCUGUGAUGUGCUGUCUGCUGACCGUGAGGAGUGCAGUAACACAGAGGAUGGCAAAGCCCCGUAUGUGACCCCAGAAUAUUGUGUCAAGAUGGGCUGUUGUUUUGAUGACACGUACAUGAAGGAGAAAAAGGUCACAUUUUACAGUGGCAAGCCAUGGUGCUUCAAAAAGAAGAGUGGUGCUGGUGGAGGCCCCAAGCCAACAACAUCACCCGCCACUACACCAACAUCCGGGACAGAAGGCGCCGGCACAGGGGGCCCCGGCACAGGGGGCCCGAGCGGCAGCAGCAAUCCGCCUACCACAGGCACCCCAGCCAGUGCCUCCCCUACAGCACCAGGAGUGAAAGGAGGAGCCAACGGAGGAGACUGCUUCAGAGAUUCCUGUUACAUCUUCUCCAGCGAGGGAACUUCGUGGACCGAAAACAGGGAGAAAUGCAAGAGCCGAAACGGUGACCUUGUCUCCAUGGAGACGGAAGAGGAGUGGUCAUUUAUCAACAAAAAGAUACAGUCGCUUAGCAACGCCUUCUCGGACGAAUGGCACAUUGGACUGAAGCAGAACGGAAACAGCUGGAACUGGGUGAAUGGAAAACCGCUGGCAAUUGAUCAUUGGCAGCCGAGCCAGCCCUCCGGGGACGGGGAAUAUGUUGUCAUCGCAAAGGAGUACCCUCCGGGGACCCAAGGGGGAUUCAACGACCUUCGUGACGAUACAUUCAAGGGAUACAUCUGCGAAGUAGCAAGAGAUGACGUCUCUUCCCAGCCAACCCAACCCAACGCCAAUACCAUACCAACCCCCGUCACCCACACGGGCCCCACAGCGCGUACGACUUUUUCUACAAACUCUGGUUCUACGAUGGGGUCUACAUCAGUGGGGACGUCUGGUCCAGGGGGGUCUACAUCAGGGGGAACAUCUGGUCCAGGGGGGGCUACCUCAGGAGGAACAUCUGGUCCAGGGGGUGCUACCUUAGGGGGAACAUCUGGUGUGAGUACAGCACCGACGGCGGUACCAACCACCAGCUCAGCCACGUCAGGAGGAGGAGGAGGAGCUGAAGAACAGAUUGCUCUUGACGUACACAACAAGUUCCGCAAAGUACAUGACGCGCCGCCGAUGAAGUUGAACGCGGAAAUGUCCAAGUCGGCUAAAGCAUACGCCGAGAAACUCGCGCAGAUGGGUAAACUGGUGCACUCGAAAGACAACGAGUUUGGGGAGAACCUGUGGUUUAUGUGCUCCUCCAGCAAAGAACAAACCCCGGAAAAAGCAGUCACAGACUGGUACAAUGAAAUCUGUAAACCCGGUUACGACUUCAAUAAGCCUGGUUUUAGCUCGGGGACUGGGCACUUUACGCAAGUGGUCUGGAAGGGUAGCGUUGAGCUAGGCUUCGGAGGAGGUCGAGCCGGAAGAUGCACGUAUCACGUGGGUCGGUAUAAGAAGGCAGGUAAUAUGCUGGGAGACUUCCCAAACAAUGUAGUGAAAGGAAGUUUCGACCGCGCAUCUUACUGUGCGAAUGUUAAAAACGAUAAACCGAUGAAAGAUUCCGAGGAGAAAUUCUCAGGAGUCUUAUAAGUUCUGAAUUAGGUUGGAAAUUAUAUUUUAAUGUAAACUAAGAAUAAGUAACAAAAAUGAAAUAAAACUACGAAUAUUUUAGUUGUGA